AUGAGAGAACGCCUAAUGAAUCAGCUGGAAAGCAAUCGAUACGAGUGUGCUAUUUGCUGCCAAAUUAUUCUUGCCAGACAGGGUAUCUGGUCUUGCAAGACAUGUUACCAUAUGUUCCACAUUUCUGGUGGUUGUAUAAUCAACUGGGCAAAGAAGAGCAAGGAGGAUGAUAACAAAUGGAGGUGCCCCACUUGUCAAACAAAGUAUGAAACAAUUCCAUACAAUUAUUUCUGUUUCUGUGGGGUGAAGUACCUCAUUCUUGUGGCAAUGUCUGUGGUGGUCAACGAGCCUCCAGGUUGCCCACAUCGUUGUAAUGAACCUUGCCAUCCGGGACCAUGUCCAGAGUGUCCUGUAAUGCUCACCCGACGAUGUAACUGUGGUAAUGUACAGAAAGCUAUUCGCUGUGGUUCAGUAGCCGAAGUAAAGUGUGACAAGGUCUGCGACCGAUUGCUGGCCUGUGGUGAUCACCGUUGUAUGCGAGUUUGCCACGAAGGAGACUGUGGGCCGUGUGAAGUAUUGAUUAACCAA